AUUAUCAAAAUGUCAAAUACGUCAAAUAUCAAUAUGGGUAAUGUUUACUGUGUAAAAUGUUUUGAUUAAUAAUUAGUCUUCAAAUUGAAAUAAUUGUUAAUAAUAUUAUUAGAUAGUGUUAAGUUAUUUUAAUAAAACUUCAAGAUGAUGAAUCCACAGUCGACUUACGCUAUCCAAAGUACUGCCGGAGCUGUGCCUGUUAGAAAUGAAAAAGGUGAAAUUUCUAUGCAGAAAGUUAAAGUACAUCGUUACAUAUCCGGAAAACGGCCAGAUUACGCCCAAGAUGCACAUUCUGAUAGUGAUUCUGGCGAAGAGGAUUUUUUGGAAAAAAGGAAUAUCAUAAUUGCACCUCCUUCUCCAGAACCUACCAAAGACGAUGAAGAAUUGAAUGAUCCCCGUUUAAGAAGAUUAAAAAUUUUAGAAGCCGAAACUGAAGUUAGACCAGAAAGAAGACGACAUAUUCUUCAACCAGAAGUAUUAGAAUCAUCUGAAGAAGAAGAUGAAGUGGAAGAAGUACACUUACCGGAACACAAGCACACACUUGAAGCUGGUCCGGAUGAAGAUGAAUCCGAAAAUGAACUUAGUGAUAGUGAAAUUGAGAAAAGGAGAGAAUUAAUGAGGAAAAAAAUGUUGAAUAAACAAGAUGAGGAAUUUAUGUUGAAAGAAGACGAAAUUAAGGACGAUUCUUCUGAUGAAUCUUCCGAGUAUGAAGAAUAUUCUGAAUCUGAAGAAGAAACAGGUCCACGAUUGAAACCGGUGUUUGUAAGGAAGAAAGAAAGGAUAACUAUAAUAGAAAAAGAAAAAGAAUUACAAAAACAGAAAAAAUUAGAAGAAGAAGCACAAAAGAACGCCGAAGAACGUCGAAGACAAACAUUACGAAUGGUGGAAGAUUCCAUACGUAAAGAACUAACAAAAGACAAACCUCAUGAGCCACAUAUUGACGACGUUUGUACCGACGACGAAAACGACGAAGUGGAAUAUGAAGCAUGGAAGUUGCGCGAAUUGAAAAGGAUAAAGCGAGAUCGAGAAGAAAGAGAAGCGUUGGAAAAAGAAAAAUUGGAAAUAGAAAAAUUAAGAACAAUGACAGAAGAGGAAAGGAGGAUCCACUUGAGGUUGAUACCAAAAGCGGUGACGAAUAAAGCAGUGAAGGGAAAAUACAAAUUUUUGCAGAAAUAUUAUCACAGGGGGGCGUUUUAUUUGGACAAAGAGGACGAGGUGUAUAAGAGGGAUUUCGCACAAGCCACGCUGGAAGACCACUUCGAUAAAACGAUUCUACCAAAAGUUAUGCAAGUUAAGAAUUUCGGAAGGUCUGGUAGGACUAAAUACACUCAUUUGGUGGAUCAGGAUACGACUAAGUUUGAUUCGCCGUGGUCGGUGGAGAAUUCGCAAAAUAUCAAAUUUCAUUCGCAGCAAGCAGGGGGAGUUAAACCGGUGUUUGAAAAACCGUCACUCAAGAAGAGAAAAACGCAAUAGGGUGUCCAUUUGCACCUAUAUAUGCGAAUGUAUAUAGAUAUUAUUAUGGUUAAGUAAUAUAAUUUUAAAUGAAAGACUGA